AUUGUUGUGCAUUUUUUCCAUGAAACAAUGCAAAGCACUUCUGAUUUUACCGUGACAUGUGCAUGUCUCAAAUCAUAAUGCAGAUCAAUACUGAUAAGUGCUAUUAUUUUAAUUGUGCAAAUAUUAUCACUAGAUCCGGGAACUGGACCUUAAACGAAGACGCUGCUCAGCAUUUGGCCCACAGCGUAGUGUGGCUGGAUAGACCGCGAUUAGCUAUCAACUAGCAUUACACGCUACAUUUAGUUUGAGGCCGAAAAACAACUUUUUCACGGAAAGGAAUGGUUUGAAAGAAUGACGAACAACACCACGACACACGUUACUUCAGCUCGUAUGACUUACUUUGGCGCGGAACCAAUACUGCAGUUGACUGCCACUAGUUUCAUCGCACUGGUUGGCGUUAUGGGAAAUAUUCUCACCUGUGUCACACUAAUGAGCAAACACGAACCCUUCAAAUCACCCAUAAAGCAGUAUCUGAUAAGCUUAGCCGUGGCUGAUAUAGGAAUUCUCACUAUUGCCUACCCCAUGAUAAUUAUCAGAAGUGAGAUUAGCUGGCCGUUUGGUGAGUACGUGUGCCGAUUAAUUUUUCCUUUGACAGACGUAUUUUUCGGCGCGUCAGUAUGGGCAGUUACAGCUGUUUCCCUGGAAAGAUGGCGAAAAAUAUUGACGACUAGACUUAAAUCAACAAUAGAAUCAUCGGGAUAUGCAAUGCGAGUCGUUGCAGCCAUUUGGAUUGCGUCCUUUCUGGUAACUUCUACACCAUUUUACAUUAUGGUUGAAUAUAUUGACACUGGAAAUGACAAAUUUUGCCUCUACCAUUGGGAUAAAUAUGAAAAGUUCCACGAAGUGCACUCUGUCGUGUUGUUUUUGUUCUGGUUUGGAGUUCCAAUGGGCAUAAUUUUAUGCAACUACAUAUCAAUAACGAGGACACUCAAAGAAAGCACAAAAUUUAUCGUACAUUUUUACAAAACAAUCAGUGCAGAACCUUCAAGCUCGUUCACAGCAACAUCAAGUCAAAUCUUUUCAAAGCUCAGCAGCACAAGUAACGCACCAGUCUGUCGCAGAUUAAAAGAAAACAAGCAAGCCCAGCUCAUCCUCACCCCUGUUGUCAUCAUGUUCGCCAUUACGAUGUUUCCUUUUAACUUAAUGCUCCUAACUCUGGCCUUCUGGCCUCAUUUAGCUCUGAUGCCAUUUUUCCCCGACAUUGUUUAUCUGUGCAUUUUGUUAGUAGUGGUCAAUUCGUCUUGUAAUCCCAUUAUUUACGAGUUGGUGAGCAGGAAUUUCAGAAAUUCGUUGUGGGCCGUUCUUGAGGGCACUUGCAGGAAACUUUUUGAAUCCGAGAGAGAGGAUUUUGAAAGGGAACACGUGGUUUAGGAAUUAGGACUAAACUUUCAAUGCGGGCCCGGAAGAGUUUUCGAGACAAGUGAACAUUGCUUUCUAUCGACGCCUUCAUGCCUCUCACUUAGGUGUUGUACGAAAACUCUGAGUAAUUUGAGACGAGCACGUGCGCGAAGGACUGUGGGAGGAGGAAAUUACGCUAAAUUUGCUCCCUUGCGCGCCCAUUGUUUUCCCUGGGCACAAGAAAAAAAUGGCUCGACUGAAAUGUCUCUUGAGUAAACCUGUUAGAGAAAUUUCCAUUUGAACGUCGCAGUAACUCGCGAUUGUCUGAUUUUUGUUGUUUUCGCUCUGUGCUUGGACUUUUAGAUGCCUGAUUAUGUUUAGAGAAGAUUAUUCAUACCAAGAGGUAGUAAUGGAAUUAUUUUAUUUUGUUUACUUAUAUUCGAUACACGCAUGUAUGUUAUGACAGUAAUCUAACAAAUGAACGUAAAGGCACCCGUGUAUUUACCACUUCAAAGUGAGACACUGGUUUUCAACACUGAAAAUUAUCCAGAUCAAAAAGAAAAGUGAUUAGCUUUUAAAAACAAGUAUAACAGUAAUUUUUCAAAUUGACAAAGAGUUUAAGUGCAUGUGGCGCGUCAAAAUGAGGAUCCUGGGACAGGAAAUUAGUUCUCAACACUGGAAAUUACUCAGAGGAUAAUAAGAAAGUACUGUGCACCUAUGAAUCACAUGCAGUAUGAAUCAUUAGAGAGCGCACAAACAAACAUCUUUUUCUCAGUUAUCUUUGGAACUACAGACGAAAAGCGCAGGCUUUCCCAGGAUUUCAAGCCUUGGGUUUGUAAAAUUUACAGGGAACUUAGCGCGCGGAACUGAGGAGCCGGGACUUAUAUCUGGAGAGCUCUCUCAGCAAAAUAUAAUAAUGCUUCGAAGCAAUGUAAUAACUAAAUCCACUUUAUUAUCCUUCAAGGAAAACACAUUAAAAACAUACUAUGUAAACGAAA